AUGGACUGUGAGAUUGGGCCAACUGAUGAAUCCACCUUGGACAAUUCAGAUUUAUUUAAACGAUAUUUAAGCCCAUCCACCUCCCGAACACCAGGCACAAAAUUUAAUAAAAUACUGGAUAGGGACCAGGAAAGUUCUACAUCUGAAAGUCGGAGUUCCACGCCGUUACAAAGAAAUUUAAACAAAUCCCAGCCCAGGGUAUCAAAGAAUUCAUUAAUUGCUCAAUUUGAAGAAAGAUCUCAGAAGCGUAUGGAGAUCCUGGAGGCAAUGCACAAAAAAAAAGAUAAAACAGAGCCUGAAGAUGAAGUUGAUUUGUUUAUGAGAAGUAUUAGUAUGACAGUUAAAAAAUUUCCACCUGCUCUAUUAAAUGAAGCGAAAUUGGGCAUACUAAAACUUGUAAGUGAUAUAGAGCUAGCUGCCACACAUUUGCCACUAAAAUCGUCUACAAAUUUUAAUACUUCGCAAUCAACCGCCCCCACCGAAAGAUCAAAUGUACAUUUUUAUGAUACUUCUCAAUAUGAACAAUCACAUACUACCGCUGUAAGUUCGUUUUUUAAGGACUAUAAUCCAGAAAAUCAAAAUCCAGCAUUUUCCAAUGCAUCUGGACAUAUGGACUUAUAGUUGCAACACAUGUGUUAUAUUAUAAUGUUCUUUCUUUACUUGUGAUAUUGGAGUACCUAUGUUUAGUUAAAAUUGCUGUGUUGACUUAAACUGAGUUUAUGCUCUAAUAAUAAGAAAACAAUAACUUAAAUUAAAAAUUCCC